GAUUCAAACUUACACGGCUUCUUCGUAUGCUGCACCCUAGUUCCCUCUUUUCUGUUCAGUAUCCCCAAACCGGGAAACUGGACCGGAGGAUUCUUGAUUGAUGUGCGGAGCUCGCUCCGCCAUCACCGUGGCAUCGCAUGGAACUCGAUCGCAGCCGGCGGGAAAAACAUGAAGCAUUUGAUAUUCUGGGUGCCUCGCCACGCACGCGGGCGAAGACUUCCUUUACGACGACCACCACGACCCCCCGCAUGCCCCGCCUGCGAGCCCAGCGACGCCGUCCUUGAGCCCGAGUGCACCGAUUUCGUUUCCGGACGAUGGAACACCUCUCAGAUAGCCAGAUAGCGCGCCAGCUACGGAUUUCCGCGUGGCUUGUAUUCAGCCCUUCCACGCUUCUUUGUUACGAAUAUCUGAUCACGCUCGACGACGAAAUCGCGCGGUACUGGAGCGCGGGGCGCUCGUGGGGCUCGGCGCUGUUCUUCCUCAACCGCUACGUCGCGCUGCUGGGCUCCGUGCCGGUCGUGGUGGAGUUCAUGCUCGCGUCUAUGAAUGCGGACGCGCGGAGGAAGCAGCUGUGCUCUGCGUUCCAGUCGUACCAUUCUUAUUUUGCACUCUUUUCUCAAGUGCUGGUGUGCGUGAUCAUUGUCACGCGCACAUACGCGCUCUACGGCCGAAACAGGAUCGCGCUCACAGCCAUGGUCACUGUCGUCGGAGCCCUCGUGACUCUCGCUAUCGUUAUUCUCGUGCGAGGCGGAGACGACGGGGCUCUGUCCAGGAACCUGCUUGCGAUUGGGUGCCCGAGUGCCACCUCACAUCCACAAUCAAUCAGUACGUUUCCCUCCCCACGUACAUGUGUGUGUGUCAUCGUUCUGACGGCGAUCAGGGACUGCGAUUGCUUGGAGCGGGAUGGUAAGGAGCACUGCCUUCUUAUCUUCGACUGCAUGAUAUUCUUCAUGACGCUCUGGAAAGCCGUGCGAUUCAGUUUUAGAGGCCGAGAAAAUUCAGGAACAUUGCUGCACGUGCUGGUCCGGGACGGGUCCAUGUAUUUCGGCCUUAUGGCGAUAGCCAAUGCGGUCAAUAUCGGAACAUACACGAUGGGCGGGCCGAUAAUGAGCGGGGCGGUGACGACCGGUGUCAAUAUAUUAUCCUCGGUGCUGGUCUCCCGCCUAAUGCUCAACAUCCGCGACCCCCGGCUGCCCUUCCGCAGCUCCGGCAGCCGGGGCGGCGCGCGGGACCUCUCGUCGACGUCAACGCACGCCGGAGCCGCGACGCGCACGGCGCUGCGGGGCUCGCUGGCGAUGAACAUGGAGACGGACAUCGCGCUUGACUCGGUGUGGGUCGGUGACGGCGCGCCGGCGGACAGCGGCGCCGAUCCGUAUGUGGAGGAGUAUGAGCUCGUCGAGGCAGGGCUGCCGACGAAUAUGCUGAGGCGCUGAGCUUACCCUGACUGACGCUGUUAAAUGUAUUUUCCUGCCAUCGCUGUCGUUUUACCCACUGUAUCCCAUAUCCCUUCCGGUGCGCUUGUCGCGGUGAACUGUUCCGUGGAUGUGACAUGAGCACGGCAAGCAGAAACUGUACGUAUGUAGAUGGUCUAUGAAUUCUUCCGUGUCGAAAUCC